GCCUACAGAAAUGAAGGCAAGGCAAGCCAUCAGAAAAACAUGGGGAUCUCAAAGAUCCUGGUGGGGGAAACAGGUGCUGACAUUGUUUUUACUAGGCAAAGGAGCAGCAAUAAAUGAUAUCUUAGCUUUAUCCAUAGAAGAUGAGUACAUUCUCUAUGGAGACAUCAUCCAACAAGACAUCCUUGACACUUACGAUAACCUUACCUUGAAAACUAUCAUGGCCUUCGAAUGGGUGACUGAGUUUUGUUCCAGUGCUCAGUAUGUUAUGAAGACAGAUUCAGAUGUUUUGAUCAACACCGGCAUCUUAGUGAAAUUUCUUCUGAAUUCAAAUACCUCAGAAAACUUCAUUACCGGCUACCCUUUAGUGGAUAACUUACCUCACAGAGGAUUUUAUAAGAAAACCUAUAUUUCUUAUGAAGAUUAUCCAUUUAAAGUGUAUCCUCCAUACUGUGCUGGAUUUGGUUAUGUCCUUGACACCAGACUGGCUCGCAAGGUUUAUGAAAUGAUGAGUCAUGUCAAACCUAUUAAGUUUGAAGAUGUCUAUGUUGGGAUCUGUUUAAGUAUACUUGGUGUAGGCAUCUCUAUUCCAGAAGAUACACAACUUUUCUUUUUAUAUAGAACUAGCUUUGAAAUUUGUAAGUACAAGCACUUAAUUGUUGUACAUGGCAUAUCUUUGCAGGAAAUGCUUACGUUCUGGCAGGAAAUGACAAGAGAGACUCCACUUUGUCACUGACUCCAUCCUAUUUUCAAACCCUGUCAUUUCCUUUCAUACAAAUGGACUCCUGGUUAGCGUUCUUCAUUUCAGCAGCCUAAUUUAGGUUCUUACUGUUUUUAGAACAAUGGAUAUUCAGAGCUCUUUGAUCUGACUGCAAAUCACCCAGAGAGCUUCCAGGAGAUCUUGAUCUACCUUUUGCCUAACCUUUUUUCAGAGUCUGAGCUGUGUGAUAUUCUUCCAGCUUCUGCAGCUUAGGUACUAGAAAUUUGUAUGGACUUUUGUGAAGUUAGGAAAUGGUUUUAAGGAAAGACUACUAUACACCUCAGUAUUCCAGCCACAGUGGAUAUAUACAUGUUGAACAUUCAGUGUGGCCAAUUACAAGGUUUGUCUUACACUGCCACUUCGAUUGUAUGCAUCUGGCUAGCCAUUGUUGGAAGAAGAAUGCUGGACUACACAGGUCUUUGGUAUGACCCAACAGGAAUGUCCCUAGCACAGCCUUCCCCAACCUGGUGCCCUCCAUCUAUUGUUGAACUGUAGCUUCCAUCAUCGGUGACUGUUGGCCAUGCUGGCUCGGGCACAUAGGAGCUGGAAUCCAAAAUGUCUGGUGUGCACCGGACUUCGGGGAAGGGUUGCUCUGCCUGUGCUGCCUCUGAGCCGAGCUCUUGUCUCAGAGGAAGCUUUUUCAGCUUCAAAAUCAGUCAGAACGUCUUUUUUGACUGGUAAAGAUUUUCUCCCGGUCAGGGAGAAACGUGAGAUUAACCACAAAGCCUGUUUUUGUGGGGAGGACUGGAUUUCAUUUAUUUAUGAGAAAAGGUUCAAACUGCAA